AUGAAACUGGGGCUAAAGAAAUAUUUGUCUUUGCUAUCUUGGCGUACAUAUAAACCCAUCACAGUCAUUUCGACCAAGAAACCAGAUUUGGUUGUUCGAGCAAUUUUUCUAUUAUUUCCCCAAUCGCAACAAUGGAGACUGCGCCAACGGAAAAUUCUGCGGAACAGGCAAGUGGUAUUUCUUAUUGUUGUUUUAUUCCUGUCUGAGGCGGUUUCGAAGCCAGGGAGGUACUCCGUGGCAGAGGAAACGGAAAAUGGUUCCAUUGUGACUAAUGCUGCAAAAAUCAUAGGACUAGAGGUUGGGGAGUUGUCCUCCCGAGGGGCCCUGAUCUCUGAGGAUAAGACUCAAUAUUUGCAGCUUAAGCGUGACACCGGGGAUCUUCUGAUUAAAAAGAAGCUGGACCUAGAAGAACUGUGUGGCCCUGUCGAGCCCUGUGUGCCACCUUUCCAGAUCUUACUGGAAAAUCCUUUUCAGUUUUUCCGGGCUGAACUGCGGAUAGAAGAUAAUGACCGUUCACCCACGUUCCCAGAAUAUGAGAUACUCCUGAAAAUAUCAGAAAGCACUGCGCCAAGGGCUGUAUUUCCACUAAAGAUCGCCCAUGAUUUGGACGUUGGAAUAAACAGUUUCCAGAACUAUACCAUCAGCCGCAACCCCUGUUUCUUUGUCCGCACUCGCACACGCAGUGAUGGAAGAAAGUACCUGGAACUGGUGUUAGACAAAAUGUUGGAUAGGGAGGAGCAGCCUGAGAUCACUUUAACUCUCACAGCAGUAGACGGAGGGAUUUCACCCAGAUUCGGGACUGUUCAAGUCCGGAUCUUGGUUAUGGACAUCAAUAGUAAUGUCCGGGUCUUCGAUCACGCCCAUUAUAUGGCUCAAAUACCAGAGAACAGCUCCAUGGGCUCUCUAGUUGCUACAGUGUCUGCUCAAGAUUUAGACACAGGGAUCUACAGAGAGAUAUCCUACACUAUAUUCCAAGCUUCAGAUGCAGUUAGUCGAACUUUUGAAGUAGACUCCAUCUCAGGAGUGAUUCGACUCAAAAAACUCGAUUUCGAGACAAUUCAGUAAUAUGAGGUGGAUAUUGAAGCAAUCGAUGGCGGAGGUCUUUCUGGGAAAUGCACUGUUGUGGUUCAAGUAACGGAUUUGAACGACAAUUUUCUGGAAUUGACUGUGACUUCACUUACCAGCAACAUCCCAGAGAACUCUUCUGAGACUGUGGUAGCUAUUUACAGAAUCCGAGAUCCAGACUCUAUCUAGGAAGAUCUCCCUUUCUCCCUGAAACCAACUUUUAAGAACUUCACACUGGUCACAAAGGGAACGCUGGACAGAGAGAGUAGAGCUCAAUAUAACAUUACUGCUACCAUCACGGAUUUAGGGUCCCCGAGGCUCAAAACCGAGCACUACAUCACGGUAUUCAUCUCCGAUAUCAAUGACAAUCCCCCAGUAUUUACUCAGACAGUCUAUACAUUCUAUCUCAGAGAGAACAACAGCCCUGCCCUCCAUAUUGGAAACGUCAGUACAGUUGACAGGGAUGCAGGAACCAAUGUCACCUAUUCGCUGCAGCCUACAGAGUCUGAAGACUUUCCCCUCUUCUCCUAUAUCUCCAUCAACUCAAACAAUGGGCAUCUCUAUGCUCUGAGAUCCAUGGAUUAUGAAACCAUCCAAGCUUUCCAGUUCACUGUGAGGGCUGAUAAUGGUGGCUCCCCUUCUCAGAAGGUUGUGGUCCUUGAUGAAAACGAUAAUUCUCCUUUUGUACUCUAUCCUCUGCAGAAUGCUACUGGUCCCUGUAAUGACCUUGUUCCCAAAGCAGCAGAGCCUGGUUACCUGGUAACCAAGGUGGUGGCUGUAGAUAGGGACUCAGGACAAAAUUCUUGGCUUUCCUACCAGCUGCUCAAGGCCACAGACCCAGGACUCUUCAAUGUGUGGGCUCAUAAUGGAGAAGUUCGUAUAGCAAGACCUAUCAGGGACAGAAUCACAAUCAAGCAGAGGCUUCUGGUUCUGGUGAAGGACAAUGGAAAGCCACCUCUGUCCACAGCAGCCACAUUGAAUGUAGUCCUGCUGGACGGAUUCUCUGAGUCACAUAUUUAGCUCCCAGAUACAAACAAGGAGCAAGUCCACACUGACUCCCUCACUGUCUACUUGGUAAUUUCUUUAGUUUCAGUCUCAUUCCUCUUUCUGGUUUCCAUUUUCCUUUUCAUAGCUGUUUGUCUAUGGAAAAGGAAGAGAAAUUCAGCAAGUAGAGUUUGCUUGGAGACCAAUGGUCCCUAUCCAGAUGACUUAAUGGAUGUCAGUGGAGCAGGAACUCUUUCCCAAAGUUAUGAGUAUGAGGUGUAUCUAGCCAAUGGCAUGAGAAAGGGAGAUUUCAAGUUCCUGAAGCCUAUCAUUCCUAGACUCCAAGUUCAGAACACUUCAAGAGACCUAGAAGAAGCCCCAACCUUUAGGAGUAGCUCUGGUUUCAGUUAUAGCUAUGAAGUAAUGACAAUGUAUAUGUGAUUAUUUAUUUGCUCUGGACAUUGCCCCAGUAGUCCUUUAUUCCUUGGAUUAUUAGAGAGUUAUUGAAUUUGCUAAUCUUUGAAACUGUUUGACUUCUGCAGAUUGGGCAUUGCAGUUAUUUGGAUACUCAUGCAUUGCCUUCAUUUAUAUUAUCAUUUUGAAGUCAGAGGAUAGAAUUUUUUGUUUGAUUUUGAUUUGUAAAAUAGUGGUUUGUGUUUGAUCCUUAACCCACACUGAGCCCCUAAGAAUACUCUGUUUUUUCUAACUUGUAUCUCCCUAACCUAAACCUUUAUAGAAAAAAUGAAGAUGAGUAUAAUGUGCAUGCUAAAUUCUCUUGAGUUAUCAGGACUUAGGAAAAUCUUUUUUACUGUUCGUACUUCAAAUUUUCAUAUUCUCUUUCCAUGGUGCUUUAAUAUAAGUAAAUGCAGUGCUUUGCUCUACAAAGAUUUUUUUUACAAAAGGUCAUUUCCCCCCUAAGGUUUAAAAGUUUCUCUGGGCAAAUAACUAUAUAUCCACUUCUGCAUGACAUUUUAGAAAUAAAAUUAUCAUAUGCUUGGUUAAAAAAUAAUGCCAUACAUCAACUGAAAUAAUUGUUAAUACAAGAAACAGAUAUGUAUUUAAGCAACCUAGAAAAUUUUCAUCAAAUAUUUUAAAGAGGGUUUUUAUGUGGAUAGCUCAUACCAAAAAAAUGCUUGGAAUAUCCAUUAGAAAUCUUUAGAGGUACGCCUAUUAAAUAUUUUUAAUAUUUAAUUUGUGCUUUGGGAAUUUUAUAUAAUGAUCAUUUCCCAAUACACCCCCUCUCCUGCCUGAAGAACAACCCUUUAUUACAGAUAAAAACAGUUAAUGAAAAGAAACCAUAACAAUGACUUUAAUUCAACCCCUCUCUACUGAGAUGAGGGAAUUGUGCUUCAUCAUGUACUCUAGAGACAAUCUGGUUGCUGCAUUUAAUUUAAUUCUAAUGUCUCUUAGUGCUGUUUUCACUUAAGUUCUUAAUACUAAUUUGUGUCUUUAAAUGUUGUUUUCAUUUAAGUCCUUGUAGUUCCUGUUUAUAUUAUUGCCUUUGUUCUCUUUCCUUUGCAUCAGUUCAUUCUUGUCUUCACGUGUUUCUGAUUUUCACCUCCCUUUAUUUUUUCUUACAGUUUAAUACUAUUCAUUGCAUUAAUAUACCACAAUUUGUUGUUAGUCAGUGAAUGCUUUCUUUGCUUCUGCAAAAUUGGUUUUGCUAUGAAUAUUUUGGCAUAUAUGGGACCUUUGUUUAGAUUAGAUCCAAGUUUCAUAUAUAGAAAUAUACAGAUGCCUUUGAUUAUUCCCAAUACUCAAAGUAUAUUAACAAAGUGACUGGGAAAAUAGGAAUUGGUUUGAUUAAAAAAAUAAAUGUAAUUUUCUGAGUCCUCA